AGCAGGUUUCAGGAUGUACCUGGACUUGCGCGCUUGCUCGCCUAGCAAUGUUACGAUAUGAUUUCGAGAAUGAGGACUUCGAGAAGCAAAUCCGCUCCUCCGCAUACGCGUGCAAAGAUGACGCUACUACAGCAAAGCUCAGAGAGUUUCUGAGAUCCGACACCAUCGGCGUCGAUCAUGUGGUCAAGACGCCUUUUGGGUUUCGGCGCUUGGUCUACAGCGAUUUCACCGCUUCGGGCCGGGCCUUGCGAUGGGUGGAGAAGUUCAUCCAAGAUCGAAUCCUUCCUGCUUAUGGCAACACUCACACACUGUCCACUGCCACCGCUCGGCAGUCGACCUUCUUUCGAAACGAAGCCAGGCAGAUUGUGAAGCACUACUUGAACGCGACUCAUGAAGAUGCCCUGAUUUUUUCGGGGCAUGGCACUACAGGUGCGGUGCAGAAGUUCGUGAGCAUUAUGUGUCGAUCCAACUGGCUUUUACCAUCCUUCCAGGAUGGAGAUUCAGCGGGCGCUGAGGUAUCUGACGGUUUUCUGCGAGAAGAUCGCUGGGGAAGCUACGAGUGCUCCCUUUGCACCGUACGGCUGAAAACAGAAGCCCAGUACCGCAGCCACCGAAGCAGCGAGAUGCACCAGGAGAAGCUGCGCCAACAGAGGCCCCAGAAUCCCUUCGAAGGCACCCGACGGCUUUGCAUUCUAUGUGACCCUUUGGCACACCACUCUUCUCUACUGCCGUUCCGAGAACUUACGCGUCGUUACCCACACAUCAGCACGGAGCCCAUCUUCGAAGAUUCCAUCGCCUGCCGGAGUGGACGAUCGGAGAUUGUAGAGAUUGAGGUUUUCACACUUCCGCUGGAUGUGAAAAGCGGCAUGCUGGAUGAAGACGAUUUGAUGCGGCGAUUGUCGAAGAUUCAGAGUUUGAAAGGUGCUGCAGCGGUGUGUGUUUUCUGCGCGGGUUCCAACGUCACGGGCCUCCUGGCAGAUGUUGGUCACCUGACCAGUCUCGCUCAUCAGUAUGGUGCCUUGGCUUGUUGGGACUUUGCGGCCACAGCAGGACACCUGCGGCCCAAUCUGAAUCCACCCACCAGGCCUGAUGCCGCAGUGGACGUGGCCUUCUUCUCGCCACACAAGUUCCUAGGUGGUCCAGGGUCUGUUGGUUUGCUGGUUGCCAAGAAGAGGCUCUUGCGGAAUAGCGUGCCCGCCGAGCCUGGUGGUGGGGUUGUCUUCUUUGUGGACUCAGAAGGACAUUCCUAUAUCCAGAACAGUGAGGACCGCGAAGAAGCUGGCACCCCCGACAUUGUGGGCUGCAUCCGCGCAGGCCUGGUUUACCACCUACACACAUUGCUGCCAGAGAAGCUCUUCGAGGCAGAGCUGUCGGGCCUUCAGCGGCUCUUAGAACGAUGGUCGUCAAACGAGCGCAUCGAAGUGUUGGGUCAGUCUUCCAGCCGCUCGAGGGCUGCCAUUGUCUCAUUCAUGAUCCGCUAUGGCAACGCACCAGGCGGAUUGUACUUGCACUACAACUUUGUGGUGGCUUUGCUAAACGACCUCUUCGGCAUCCAGGCACGUGGUGGUUGCGCCUGCGCGGGGCCUUAUGGCCAGCAGUUGCUGGGCUUGGAUCUACCCAAGUCCAAGGCCUUCGACCAGGCGCUGCUGCAUUCUGCACAAGAAGUGCUGAGACCAGGUUUUGUGCGGGUGGGCGUGCACUUCACCAUGUCCACUGAAGAGCUUGAACUUUUGGCUUCUGCUGUGGACUGGGUCGCCAACAAUGGUUGGCGCUUGCUUCCAGCCUACAGCUUUUGCGUGGAGACGGGUGAAUGGCAUCAUCGUCUCAGUACACCACAGCAGGAUCGAGAGUGGCUUUCGGCGUUGGCACCACCUGUGCUCCAGACAAGUCCACUGCGAGACUUGGAAAACUCCUUGAAGCACAAGGAGGCUUCACCGCCACAAGAUUUGCUGGCAGCUGCAGAUUUGGCAUUGACCACUUCCUUCAAAGGUGAAAAUCCUAUCCCGCUCUCAUCCACGCGUUGUCCUUUGCUCGAUGCGGAGUAUGCACACUUGGUUUGGUUUGCUCUGCCAACAGACGCAGCCCAUUCCUUGCUCAUGGGCGAGGAGGAGCCACACUUGGCGGAAGGGUCGAUUUUUACGAAGGUAGUGGAACGUCCAAGCCACUCCAUCUUCUCCAUCUCGUCCGAUGACACAAGACAUGGGACUGACGCCAAGUGCAAGGACGCCGACGACGCGGAGCUGCUGCCUUUCGAAUUCGGCUGCGAGGAGGCUGAAGAGGUCUUUGCUGAUGGACAAUGCGCAGCCCCGGUCUAUGCUGCCACCGCCUUAGCGCCAAAGGUGCCGAAGACAUUGAGGAGCCAAGUGGCCGGCGCCAUCAAAGAGUACGACAUGAUCCGUGAGGGCGACCGACUACUGGUGGGCCUCUCUGGUGGGAAGGACAGCCUCACCUUGCUGCAUGUGUUGUUGGAGCUGCAAAGACGUUCACCGGUGAAGUUCACUGUGGCAGCCGCCACGGUGAACCCAGAGACACCGGAGUUCUCGCCAGAGCCUCUCAUCGACUACUUGAAGGCCUUGGGAGUGACUUAUCACUUUUUGUCGAAGCCUCUCAUUGAGAUGGCGAAGUGUCAUUUGGACCCCAAGAAGCCCUCCAUUUGUUCCUUCUGCGCGAGGAUGAAACGAGGAAUGUUGUAUACUUGCAUGAGAGAGAACAAGUACAACGUCCUUUGUUUGGGACAGCACUUGGAUGACUUUGCCGAGUCCUUUCUCAUGUCGGCCUUUCGGAACGGCGCUCUUCGAACCAUGAAGGCGAACUACGCGGUGGCUGCCAAGGACUUGCGGGUUUGUCGGCCCUUGGUGAACGUCCGGGAGAAGACUUUGGCAAACUUUGCCAAAGAGAACAGGCUGCCGGUGAUUGCCGACAACUGCCCCGCUUGCUUUGCGGCUCCCAAGGAGCGACAUCGCAUUAAGCUCAUGCUCUCCCAGCAGGAGUUUGAGCAUCCGGAUCUUUUCUGGAGCUUGAGUUCCUGCAUGAAGCCGCUGAUGUCCAUUGCGCAGACAGAGAAGACCAUGGACUGGUGGCGCCAAUUGAUGGCCGAUGAGGAUGAUGAAGAUGGUGCUCCGCCUGCUUUGACAGGGCAGGUUGCCAGCCCUCCUGGUAGUCCAGUGGCAAAGAUGACAAAGGAUGAUCCAUUGAAGCUUCUGGUGGUCGCGGUGGCCUCCGCACUACUUGGAGGACUCUUUGUGAGACUCACACACCGCUGAGGGUCCAAAAGCCGCGAAG